CGCUCCACUGUUUGCCCCGUUCUGCUUCAGCAUUUGUCCCUUAUAUGAUAUAUGAGACAUACCUGACAAAUCUCCCCCAUUGUGAUAGUCCGAGUCAUACCUAACACAUAUAACUACAACAUCAUGUGGGACCAAUUAUUGCUGUCACCAGCCAAUAAUUCAGCACUAAAAAUUCUAUAUAGGUUUUAGUUUUUGGAAUUAAAAUCCAAAAACAAUCAGAACGCUAACAUGGACGGCAUCUUCAUCUUCUCUUGCUCGGCACUCAUCCUUUCCUUCCUCAUAACCAAACUAAUAACAUACAACAGCAGGAACAACAGGAAGAAUCUCCCUCCAAGCCCUCCUAAUUCCCUCCCCAUCCUCGGCCACCUCUACCUCCUCAAGCAACCCCAAGCUCGUCUUGCAUCCCAACACGGACCGAUUCUCCUCCUCCGCUUCGGAAUCCGCGACGUUCUGGUCGUCUCUUCCGCCUCCCUCGCCGAAGAAUGCUUCACCACCAAUGACCUCUCAUUCGCCAAUCGCCCCAAAUUUCCCUCCUCCAAACUCAACACCUACGACCACUCCAGCCUCGGAUCCGCCCCCUACGGCCCUCAAUGGCGCGAUAUGCGUCGCAUAGCCACCAUCGAAGGCUUUACGGGGCACCGGCUCGCCUUCUUCUCCCAUGUUCGGGCGGAUGAGGCCCGAUCUUUAGCCCGUCAACUGUUUCGUGACUCCAUUCAUGAAGAUUUCGCCCGGGUGGAGCUCCGACCACGGCUUUUCGGUCUGACGCUAAACGUGAUAAUGAAGAUGAUAUUCGGAAAGAGAUACUAUGGCGAAGAAUCUAGAGACGGCGAGGCACGAAGGGCUCUCACCCUCGCCGGUGCUUCCAAUGUUGGAGACUUCCUUCCUCCAGUGGUCGGGUGGUUUGCACGACACAGAUUGCGGAGUAGAAUCACUCAUAUUCAUAAUUACAAAGACAAUUUUAUACAAGCACUUAUAGAAGAGCGCAGGCGGAAGAUGAAAAAAGAAGAAGCAGGGGAGUUAGAACAGAAAAAAAGGAUCAAUGAAACAAUGAUAGACGCUAUAUUAUCACUCCAAAAAACCCAUGCUGAACAAUACGACGAUCAUUUCAUCAAGUCUCUUGUUACGACUUUGUUAUCGGCGGGAACAGACACCUCCUCAAACACAAUAGAAUGGGCGAUGUCUCUCCUGCUAAACAAUCCAGAGAUCCUGGAUAAAGUAAGUGCAGAAAUUGAUGAGAAAGUAGAGAAUGGUCGUCUGCUAGAUGAAUCAGAUCUCAUCAAACUCCCAUAUCUUCACUGCGUCAUCAACGAGACGCUUCGAAUGUAUCCUGUAGGUCCUCUUCUUGUACCUCACGAAUCGCUGGAAGAAUGCAAGGUCGGAGGCUAUAAUAUACCAAAAGGAACCAUGCUUUUAGUGAAUGCUUAUAAGAUUCAGAGGGAUCCGAUGAUAUGGCCGGAACCCACUCGCUUUCUUCCUGAAAGAUUUCUUGAAAAAAAUAAAGUGGAGGGGGGGAAGAUGAUUCCGUUUGGAAUGGGGAGAAGAAGAUGUCCAGGGGAAGGACUUGCCAUGAGAGAGGUUGGUCUGGUUUUGGGUACUUUGAUUCAGUGUUUUGAGUGGAGAAGAAUUGGAAAGGAGGAGGUGGACAUGGAGGAAGGUGCAGGCCUCCUAAUGCCUAAAGUCAUUCCUCUGGAAGCACUGUGCAAGCCACGCCAAACCAUGAUUUCUGCUUUGUCUGGGCUUUAAAAAUAAAUUUAUGUCUGAAAAUGUCAAAAUUUCACAUUAAACUUGGACCUCUAAUGGUCUGAUUAGGAGAGUAGAUCUGUUAAAUUAAACUUGUGUAAGAAAUGCAGAGGUAGACCUCCGAAGACUUAGGCUUAUUGUAUUAAAAUGACCUUUAUUUAUUAGAACUAAGGUUUUGUUUGGCGCAGCUGCCCCAGGAAGUUGCUGCGGAGAAUCGGACUGUUUGUUUGGUGCAGCUGUGUGAAAAUAAUUGUGGGUCAGCUGUUAUUGGAAGAAUGACCAUGCUACCCCUGUUUGGUAAAACUGUUUAAAAAUAAACUGUGAUCAUGAUAUUUUUUAUACUUCUGAAGCAGAAUCAAAGGAGUGUGAUAGCUUGUGGCCUAAAACAAUAGCUCUGUAUUACAUUAAUAUAUGA